GAGAAGCGCUGAACGAAACCCUGACCCUGCCAGAAAAGCUACGUAAGCUCCAGGAAGAGCUUUAUCUCCUGCGCUGGAGCCUAAAGGAUGUCACCGAGCGUGCUUUUCAGGAAGCCUUGAAGCAGGCGAAGCUCCCAGGCUUUACCGGAUGGGCUGUUCAAGAGAUAAUCAAUCAAGUCUUGGAGAAGCUGGAAGAAAAGCAAGUCCCCACGCCAGAUUAUGCCCUCAAAUCAUCAGGGGCUGCUGUCGUUCAUUCAAGGACUUCUCCAUCCUUCCGCAAUAGGAAAGGAAAAGUCUUUUUGUAUUCCCUGCCAGUGCUGGAUUAUCUGCGGUCUCCUGACGUUAUCCUUGAGCCGGAAAAUCAUCCAGGAAACUGCUGGCCCUUGGCAGGAAGUCAGGGACACGUGCUCAUCAGGCUGUCUGUGCCAGUCGUUCCCAGAGCAGUCACCGUGGACCAUGUCUCAGGGACAAUGUUCCAUAGAGACAGCAUCUCCAGAGCUCCAAAGGACUUUGCUGUCUACGGCCUCAAGGAAGAACAGGAGGAGCAGGGAACGUUCCUGGGACGGUUCACUUUCCUGGCGACGCUGAAUCCCACUCAGACCUUCCAGCUGAAGAACGAGCUCUCUGGGUUCGUGAAUUACAUAAAGCUGCAAGUGCUGAGCAACUGGGGCCACCCGGACUACACCUGCCUGUAUCGAUUCAGGGUGCACGGCGAUCCUCCCGAAGACGGGGGAAAGGGGUCCCUGUCAUCUGGCAAUAAAGGCCCUUAA